GAACAGGUUAAAGUUCUGUCGUUUUCACUUCUCUUGUAGUUUCUGUGCACUUCCAUAAACACUCUCAGAAUCACUUCAACGAGCAGAACAGCCAGCACCGCAACCAUGUCAGCUUGGACCACCAGGGCUCGCCAGGCCGCCAAUCUGGCACGGCUUUCCUCACCUAAGUCGGCUUAUGCAACUCCUCAAGCUGCCUCGCUCAUCCACAGGAGGGGCCUCGCCAGCGGUGGCGAUCAUCAUGGACCUCCAAAGGUGAAUUUUUGGCAAGACCCCAUGAAGCCAUCUAGAUGGAAAGAAGAGCAUUUUGUGAUUGUUUCUUUAACAGGGUGGGGUUUGCUCCUUUAUGGAGGUUAUAAGUAUUUCACCAAAGGCAAGAAGGAAGGGAAGAAGGAAGAGAAGGUUGGACAGCCAUAGGCAUAAGCUCUACAUGGUCUGAAUAUAUAAGAGGAAGUAAGUUAAUUAGCAUACAUGGUGAGAAUGUCUUCCUAUUUGUAUAUAAUGGUCUAGUUUUAAGCAGUUUUAGUCAUGUACAUGACUCUUCAGAAUAAUGGUGGUGACUGUCAGCACUUCUUUUAAUGUCUCUUGUGGUCCUAUCACCAAAAGAAAUAAAAAAGAUGAUAAUGAUAGUUUCUACUGUGGUUGUUUUCAUCCUAUGCUGCAUCUGUAGUCUGUAGAUGCCUGAAUCUUCAGGCUUAAGUCCUGUUUAAUGGUGGAACUCAGAAGAAAACUGCAAACAGCAGGAUUCAUAUCUUCCUGGAAUUGGAUAAAAACUCGAAUUAUGUUAAAUUUGAAUGUUAAAAAGGUUUGAAUAUCUAGUUUAUGAAAUCUUGAAAGUGUUGUUAGUAUUUUAUAGGUAUGUCUACAAUUGAAAAAGACUAUGAUCUGUUAUCCUUUCUUUCCCUCUUCUCUGCUUGAUCAAAAUAAACGUUUUAGGUUGGCAAUGUGCCUCACUCAUUCCUUUUCCAUUCCGUUUUUAACAAAUCCAAACAAGAACUUUAUCCUCUCCUUCCCCCUCUCUUCCUUUCCCUCCAUUUCUUCUCCUUCCCUACCCUUUCCUAAACAUUUAGUGUAAGAGAAAGAACCCUCUUGAUGAAAUAUUUUUCAGCUAGGUUUCCAAUUAAAAAUGUUAUCAUAAACAACAUGGAUAGGAAAAAUUUAUACAUGCAUUUGGAUUAGGACAAAAGUGAAAACAGUAUAUACGGAUAGCACCUUGUCCAUGUUUCUUUUAUAUGUAGCAUUUGCUUGCUCAGUCACACUAAAUCACAGCCCACACAUCCAUACCAAGCAAUCUUAUUUUUCUCUUCACUUCAAUUCUCAACUGCAUCUCCAUACGAUUGUCAUCCAUGGAUACCUGGUGAAGGAAAACCUUAUCACCAACUCUAGCAUCUUUGCGGUGAAUAAAUGCAAGCCAACGAACAGAAACAGCAGAUGGGUUUGCUCUGGCAUCUUUACGGCCAACAAAUUCAAGACAACCAAAUCCCCUCACACUUUGCUCAAGGAAGCAUGGAAAUUUCCAAGCUUUUCCAUCGUUAUCAACUGCAUGUAUAUAGAAAUUUUUACCAUCUCCGGGAAGGGUGUCCAUGAAACCAGAAGGGAUCAAUAAACCUUUCUUUAAGUCCUCUGCUUUUAGUGUCUUUGAGAACGUUGCCAUGCUGGUUCCAAGUAUAAAAAGUUAAUGAAGUUGUGCUUCUGCUCGAUUCUGAAGUUGCUCCCUUUGCUCCUUGUGCAGAUAUUAUGGGAAAGAAAACUUACUAUAAGAGAAGGAAAAAUCAGAAAUAUUAUUAACUUGAAAUUAAGGAUUGUUGGAAGUGGAUAUAUGUAUCAAACCAAGAAAAGUUCCUGGUGCUAUUCUUCCUUCUUUAAUCACUCUUGACUAUUAGCAUCCUUAUUACCCAGCCAAAGAAAAGGAAAUAACAGGGAAAAAAAAAAAAAAAGACAGACAAAGAAGUCAUAAAUGGUUAGAUUCUAAAGAAUAUGGCAAAAGAGUAGAUAGUGUACCUUGCCCGGUCUAACUGAUCUGAUACUUUUUUUCCCAAAAGAUCUUGGUUAAAUUUGUAAAAGAAGGAAAGCUCAAGAAAAUAGCAUCUUAGCAGUAGCUGAUCUCUUUGAGAAACACUAAACCUGACCCAGUGUAUUUAAAAGUGGGAAAGUCAAUGCAAGUCAUUCCAGAGGUUUCUUGGUGACUUCCCUUAAAGCUGCUUCAAUAUAAAAUGAAAGGAAAUGUUGAAUUGAAGGAAAAAGUGAGCAGGUGAGAGAGAAUUCUGGUCUUUCUUCUCAAUAAGGAAAAACAAGGAAGCUGCUAAGUAGAUUCACCGGGUGCAAUAAUUUCAACCCUAGAAAUUUCAUGUCUUGAUGGCGACAUAGUGGAGUUAAUCUUGUACUUACGUUUGAUAGCUUUGGUCUUUCUGACCUUGGACUUGGAAUUCAGCAGAAAUACACAGCAGCAGGGGGUUGCUAAGUAAAGUGCUCAACUUUGGACAGAUUGUCUGCAAAACAAUUUGAUCUAGGUUCAUUUUCUUCAAAACCAAGCAAUUUGGGGCCUCCUAGGGGCUAGGGCAGUUCUGGCAGCCCCUUCAAUGUCAGUGUUCUUGGACUUCAUCACCUGUCUUCUUCAUGUACUAGUUCCAAGCCAUCUGCAUGAACAGUUUUGUGCACUUACUGGGGUUACUCCAUUUAUAAAGCAUGGCAGUGUUGCAUGGCUACUUGGCCAUGGUGUGUUUCUACCUUCUCUACUUGAAGCACGAUGAGAAAUUUUAUUUGGAUAUCAUCCAACCAAAGCAAGAAUAAUCUCUACUACUUUCAUAAGUUUGUACCAUCUUUUGG